AGUGCGAGCUGUUAGGCAGAAUCGCUCGCGCUCCACUUUAUGAAUGGAUGGGAGUGGCGCUGUAGUGUCAGUGUCCGUGUCGUCACGCUGUUAAUAGGCGCGGGCGUUCGUCAGUGGACUUGACAGGACAGCAAGUGGACAGCAUAUGACAGCAGCCAGAGCGAGACAGAGUCGGGCAGUAGGGGCAAAAGGCGACUGGACGCGAUUCGGUGAGCACGCCACUGUGACAGACAGACAGGGGCAGUUCACAUGUUACAGGGUGGGAGGAUGGGUUUGGGGAGACAAAGUAAUCGCAGGCAUGUAGUUUUUGACCGCCCGUAGACAACUUGGACACGUUUGCGCGGACUGAAUAGGCUAAUAAAAAGUUACAUUCCCUGUUAUCACGCUGAGGGACUCGCAUGAUUCACAGCGACUUUUUGAUUCGCUUGAUUCAUUUGACCCCCAGACCAGCUGAGAGACCUGCUUUGUUUAGACAUAUUUGGGGUUUGUGGUUACGUCGCUCUCUGGAUGUCCCGAACUGCAUUCCUUCAGAGUUGUGGCAAAGUAGAGAGAUAAUCGUGCCCGUCGCUUUUCAAAGGCGUGACAAACUCAAAAGGGCGAGACAGAAAACUCGCAUCAGCACCACGCCAGCACACUUCGUCUUGUCUGUUUGGAAGAGACUCCGAACCGAAGCUCGUCGAUCUCAGAACUGUUGGACACAAAACUGUAUGCUUUUGUAAGUAGAAGGCAGUGAGCACUUUACUGACGCGCGUAACCCGAACGAUUCACAAGGCGAAAUCACAAGGGCCCUCUCCAUGGAUAUAGACACAGAUUAUGAGCGACCUAACGUGGAGACCAUAAAGUGUGUGGUGGUGGGUGAUAACGCGGUGGGCAAGACCCGACUGAUCUGUGCCCGUGCCUGCAAUACCACCCUUACUCAGUACCAGCUGCUUGCCACCCACGUGCCAACUGUCUGGGCCAUCGACCAAUACCGUGUGUGCCAGGAGGUGCUGGAGAGGUCACGAGAUGUGGUGGACGAGGUCAGUGUCUCCCUCAGGCUGUGGGACACAUUUGGAGAUCAUCACAAAGAUAGACGCUUCGCUUAUGGCAGAUCAGAUGUGGUAGUGCUGUGCUUCUCUUUGGCCAAUCCGAACUCCCUGCGCCAUGUUCGCACCAUGUGGUUCCCUGAGAUCAAGCACUUCUGCCCCCGCACCCCGAUCAUCCUGGUGGGCUGCCAGCUGGACCUGCGCUAUGCUGAUCUGGACGCUGUUAACAGGGCUCGCCGGCCUCUGGCCAAACCCAUCAAGCCCACAGACAUUCUUCCCCCAGAACGAGGCCAUGAGGUCGCUAAGGAACUUGGCAUUCCAUACUAUGAAACAAGCAUCGUCGCUCAGUUCGGUGUAAAGGAUGUGUUUGACAAUGCUAUCCGUGCUGCGCUCAUCUCUCGACGCCACCUUCAGUUCUGGAAGUCCCAUCUAAAGAAGGUUCAGCGUCCCCUCCUCCAGGCCCCCUUUCUUCCUCCCAGACCACCACGACCUGUGGUGGGCAUCCCUGAUCCUCCUUCCAUUGAUGGAGAAGGUCCAGACUCUCUUUUCUGCCAACCGUUGUGUGCAGACAUCCUGUUUCUCCUCCAGGCCGGGGCCACUCAUGUCUUUGCCCAUAAGGUGUACCUGGCCACUUCCUGCUCAAAGUUCUAUGACCUUUUCACUAUGGAUCUUGGAGAGGCAGGGAUGGAGCAGGAGGGUGAGGAGAGCUCAGAGGGAAGCGAGGAAGAGGAACAAAGCCGAAGAGGAGCCAAAGAGCAGGCUGGGCGUACCAAGAGCCUGGACAUUGAUAAGGAGGGUGAAGGAGGCACUAGGGGUUCAGAUAGGCUGCUCAUGUUACAGCAAGGCUCACUGAGGACUUCACAGAGCGAUAACGCUCUGCCUGCCAGGGGCCAGCCCUCUAUAGGACCCCUGGGAGCAGGCCGUGCUCUUUUGGGAUGGGGGCGUGGUUUCUUGGGGGUAUACCUAGAGAUGGUGGAUGACCCUGUGACAGGUCGGCCGAGACUCAUGACAGUAGUGUCAAUGGAUGAUCUUAUUCAGAAAGGGCCUUUCCAGGCAGUGCUGCAGUACCUUUAUACGGGUCACCUGGAUGAGACACGUGGGGAUCUGAUGCAGGUGGCCACCAUCGCCGAGCUUCUGGAGGUCUUCGACCUUCGUAUGAUGGUGGCCAAUGUCCUGAACCGUGAGAGCUUCAUGAACCAAGAGAUCACCAAAGCCUUCCAUGUGCGUCGUGCCAACCGCAUCAAAGAGUGCCUGAGCAAGGGCACCUUUGCUGAUGUGGUGUUUCGAUUGGACGACGGAUAUCUGCCAGCCCACAAGCCACUGCUCAUCUCAAGCUGUGAUUGGAUGGCAGCCAUGUUUCGUGGAUCCUUCAUGGAGAGUUACAUUGAGGAGGUCUCUAUCCCCAACACCAGUUGUGCCUGCAUGAGAGCCGUUCUGGAGUUUCUGUACUGUGGUGUGUUAACACCUUGUCCUGAACUGGAGCCAAUGGACCUUAUAAUACUAGCCAACCGCCUCUGUCUUCCCUGCCUUGUAGCUCUAACAGAGCAACAUGCCGUUGAGGAGCUGUUGCAGUUGUCCGUUAAAGGGGUGGACAUUGAUGGCCAUGUGCUGGCCUAUCUGGAGAUGGCUCAGUUCCACAAUGCCAAACAGCUCUCUGCCUGGUGUCUGCAUCACAUCUGCACCAACUACAAUAGCGUUUGUCGAAAAUUCCCUAAAGAUAUGAAGACUAUGUCUCCUGAAAACCAGAAACACUUUGAGAAGCAUCGCUGGCCCCCUGUCUGGUUCCUGAAGGAGGAGGACCGCUACCUCCGUUCUCAAAAAGAGCGAGAGCGCGAGGAGGAGAUCUUACGCAAGCAGCACACCAAACGCAGCUGGUGCUUCUGGAGACAUCCAUCCUCCUCAGCACCCCACAUUUCCUGAAGGUCUGCCUCCAUCCAUCCAUUCAAACCCCCUGUACCCCUCUCCC